AUAUGUGGCGUGCCCACGCUCCUCCGAGUGGAGUGGUGGUUGCUUUACCGAGUUCUUGAUUCGGAUCCAAGUAUGGGGAGCGAUUGACAACCCUGGAGGGCUAGUCUCGAUUUUUAGAAGGCAAGAUUUUGCUGUUGUUUGGUGAUUUGGUGGAUUUCUGGUUGGUGUUCGCAAUUUUGGGCGUGGUUUUUCUGGGUAAAGAUUUUGGAUCCCUUGUUGGUCGUAGUACCAUGAUUCCGUUAAGCACUGAAAUUUUGAGGCGGGUUCUGCAGAAGAGCUAUUUUUAAUGGGACUUCUUUUCACAAUUCUGUGAACUGGAAGAAGAAACUUUCCUAAUAGGAGCAGAUUUUUUUGUGGCCAAGAAGCUUUCGCUUGUAUCUGUUUCAAGAAAAGAUUUGGGUUUUCUUUCUGAGGUAUUUUUGUUGGUUUCGUUUUAAAACAUUAACUUGGCAGAUCCAGGAAACACAGAGUUUUCAUUGAUUCUGCUCCAAUUUUUUAUCUUCCCGAAAGAAUCGCAAAGCUUCAAAAGGAGCAACAAAUUUUUUUGGUCAUGUCCAUGGCGCUGGGCCGAUUCACCCAUUGGUUGUGGCCCGGUAGCUCGGCGCGUGUGGCCAGCCACGAGCUCCCCAGCACGGCCCUGAUGAGCUCCUCCUUCCCGGACUUCCCCUCCGGGUUCCGGGAGCCGGACACUGUCUCCUUCUCCACUGCCGGUGGCGGCCGCCGUACGCGGCAGAGGCGGGUCAGGAACCGGCGGCGCAGCCGCGGGGAGCCGAGGGUUGACAGGGAGUACGACAUGGUCAUCGUGCCGUCCGACGGCGGCGGGUGCCUGUCCGGGACGGAGUCCGACGAUUCCGAUUGGUCCAUCGGCUGGCUGGAGCCGCAGGCGCCGGAGAUGCAGACGGACGGUGACCCCGAGACCUGCUUCGCCGUCCUCGUUCCCUGCUACCGCCACGGCCGCGCCCAGGAGCCCGCGGUGCCUGAGGGCCGCUUCCUUGGCGCCGGUGCUCUCGCCGACGGUGGCCUCUCUGAUGGAAAGAAUUUUGUAGAACAGUGGCUUUCCUCCCUCCAGAAUUGAUAUCUGGAAUCUAUUCAAGCUACUCUGUACAUAAUAUCGCUCAGUAUCAUUCUAAUAUUUUAUCGAUGAAGGAAGACAUCAGAACCAUCCCGAAAAAAAAGGCAAAACUAAAACAAAGAAAAAAGAGCAGUGGGAUUUUGAAGCAUCACUGAACGGGUAUGUCUUUCCGGAGGUUUUCCAAGGCUAACUGUACUCUAUGCAAUGCAAUGCAAAUGCUGAACGAUACAAUCGUGCUACGUCUCCUAGAAGAAGAUACAUUCCUUCUCGAUAUGUGCUAGCCUAUGGUGACAUUGCAGAUAAAGUUUACGGUUCCAUCGUUAAUUUUGUCCCACUUGAAUUCUGGACCUAGACCUGGUCUGCUACUGUCCUGGUACCAUGUGUUGUGUAUAUAGUAUCAGUGAAGCUGCAAAUGUGCAGUUCUUCAGCGUGUGCCUGUGUUUUGAUGCAGAUUGAAACAUAUGACUGGCUCAAGUGGAUUCGAAUGUAUAUUAAAAUUUUGUGUUCUAUGGAUCAGGCUCUUCGCUCAGCAUCUUUGAUGAUGUUAAUUAUGUUGGUUCUGACUUCUGAGUGAUGAGCACUGUGUAAGCAUCGGAUUCAGUCUAGCACUGAAGAAUGAUAUCUCUGCAGCGACCUGAUCACUUGAAAUCCUGGGAUGGGGACUGGAGAUAUUGAAUGGCUUGGCAUUGGCAAUGAUCUGAUGGAGGUGCAAGAAAGGGAUUGUGUAACAUUUUGACCUUAAGCCAAUCCAUCAUUGAAAAAAGCUGUGACACUAGUAUGUAGGACCGACAUGUAAAAUAUGUAGUUCUCUUUGUAUUAGCUUCCAAUGCAAUUUCUAAAAUACAUUAACUUUGUAGCGGCAA